GGAAUUUUUUAUCAAAUUCCUGAUUUAUUUGCUCGAACAAAUAAGUACCUAAAAAGGAAAAACUACGCCAAGAAGCUCGCUUUCUCAUCAGUUGGUCUGAAAGCUCGUCAGCGCAAUAACGGUUCUUCUAACUAUCUCGAACACGACGUGAAGAUCCAUCGAAAAAACAACAUAAAAAAAGAAAAAAAUCCAACAGAUAGAAAAUCGCUGUUGUUUCUAAAAGAAGCAAAGCGCCCCAGUUAUCAGGAUGCCGUUGGAGAUCCGCACGCAGCAUUUCAUCAAUAACGAGUGGUGCGACGCCAGCGAUGGCGGCACCUUCGACACCAUCGACCCCUCCACCGAGAAGGUGAUCGCCUCGGUGGCGAAGGGCACGGCGGCCGAUGUCGACAAGGCGGUGGCGGCCGCGAAGCAGGCCUUCUUUACCUGGCGCGACUGCGGGGGACCGGCCCGGCGCGACAUGAUGUUGAAGCUCGCCGACCUGCUCGAGCAGAACAAGCAGCAGAUGGCCGAAGUUGAGUCGCUGGACAACGGCAAGCCAGUUUCGACCGCCCGGAAUGUGGACAUUCAACUGGCCAUCCAGCACUUCCGGUACUACGCGGGGUUCGCGGACAAGGGCAUGUGCGGGAAGACCAUUCCGACGGAGGACCCGCACACCUUCGCGAUGACGGUCCACGAGUAUGAGAGUGCACAACUCCGCCUCCUCCUCAUUUGUAAUGCAAAACACCAAGAAUGCCAGGCUAUAGCUAUACCUCGUCUUGGCAUUGUUUGCAUGACAAGUUCUGGUAGCCCAAAUAGCAUUGCAAUCCUGUGCAAAUUUGUCAUGCAAAACCUGCAUUCUUGCUGACGCUUGUAUUGCCGCUCCUGCUAUACAAAUGAGAGGGAAGGGGGGAUUGUGCACUCUCAUAACGAGCCGGUGGGCGUGGUGGGUUGCGUGAUCCCGUGGAACUAUCAAAUGUAAAAAUGUCUGGGUCUGGAAGAAUGCAACUUGUCAUGCGCAUUUCAGAACACACAAAAAUCUCUCAUGCAUGGGUAGCAAAAGCUGCCCACUUUCUGUCACCAAAGUGGGGGAUUUGUCAUGCAGGUUCGGCAUUGCGGAAGCUUCUCGAAACCUGUGAUGCUAGAGCUUCCAUGCCAGACCUGCUGUGUCAUGCAGAAACAGCAUGACUCUUCCAGACCCAGACAUUUUUACAUUUGAUAGGAACUUUCCCAUCCUGAUGCUGGCGUGGAAGUGGGGUCCGCUGCUCGCGGCGGGCUGCUAUCAAAUGCAAAACUGUCUGGGUCUGGAAGACUGCGAGAUUUGUCAUGCUUGUCUGGGAUGACCAAAAAGUUUGUGAUGCGUGUCCAAGAAGAGACCCUUAGGCCUGUCAUGCAAAAACGCACCACAAAGAAGCGACGAUAUUUCUCAUGCUUGGUUGUGCAUUGCAGGGCAUUCCCUAUUCCCAACGCAGCGUCACAAGUUUCGACAUUUUUGCAUUUGAUAGCUGCACCUGCGUGAUGAAGUCCUCGGAGAAGAUAUCCUGAGCAAAAACUACGCCCUCGCCGCAGAGUCAAGAUGGGAAAUCUGCAACACAAAUGCAGAAGUUUUAUUGGGAGUCACGCAUGACAAGUUUUUAUCUCAGCGUAAUUGUGGUGCAGGUUAGCAAGGACGAGGACCGCAUCACAAAUCCAUCUUCUCAUCCUGUUUACAGCAUCACAAAUUCUGAAGCACGACUAAAAGUGCCUCUCAUGGGGAUGCGCGCGACAAUUCUCGAUCUCCCUGUAGAUGCAAUUCUGCAUGACACACAACCAUGGAGCGGUGGGGACGUUUUUACAUGGGAUAGAAGACCCCGUUGACCGCCUUGAUGAUGUGCGACCUGGCGAAGCAGGCGGGCUUCCCGCCGGGAGUGUUGAACGUGAUUUCCGGGUAUGGACCGGGGUGCGGCGACGCCAUCGUGAAGCACCCGGACAUUGCCAAGAUCUGCUUCACCGGGUCCUCGCUGGUGGGCCACAAGAUCGUGGAGAUGUCGGGCCAGGGCAACUUGAAGAAGGUGACGCUCGAGCUUAUCCUGAGUAAAAACGUCCCCACACCAGAGUCAAGUUGGGGACUUAGCAACACAAAUCCAGAAGUUUUGGGAGCCACGCAUGACAAGUUGCAGUCCGUAGUGUAGUGCAUGUUAGCAAGGAAAACCGCGUCACAAAUCCAUCUUCUUAUCCUGUUUGCAGCAUUACAAAUUUCAAAACGCGACUGGUAAUGCCUCUCAUGGAGAUGCGCAUUACAAGUAUUCCUGUCAUCGCAAAUCUGCAUUCCAACAUGACAACUCUGGGGUGGGGACAUUUUUACUAAGGAUAGAGCUGGGCGGAAAGUCUUCCUUGAUCAUCACGGAGGAUACCCUAGAGAAAAAAGCAGGCACCGGGCCAUAUUAUUUGUAAUGCAAAAAUAGAUACACAGAAAGAUUUGUCAUGACAGGCGGCCCCAUAACAUAUAGCUGUUUAGGAUAUGCAAUACUAAUUUUUUUGUGUAUUUGUUUUGGCAUUACAAAUGUGGCCUGCCUGCUUUUUUCUGUGUGGUAGAGGAUGCGGACCUGGACCAGGCGGCCGCGGUGGCGCACGUCGGGUUGUUCCUGAACCAGGGCCAGUGCUGCUGCGCCAGCUCCCGCAUUCUCGUGCACGAGUCGAUUUACGACGCGUUCGCGGCGAAGUGCGUGGCGCGCGCGGAGCAGGUCACCAUGGGUACCAAGGAGGGGUGCGAGCAGGGUCCCCAGGUGGACAAGAUUCAGUUUGACAGGAUUUUGAACUACAUUGCGGGGGGAAAGGAGCAGGGCGCCAAGUGUCUCACCGGCGGGGAGCGACGUGGCGACUGUGGCUACUUCAUCAAGCCCAUAUCAAAUGCAAAUAUGUCUGGGUCGUCUGGAAAGAACUUGUGAUGCAAAUCUGUGAGUGGUGGGAAGACACUACAAGAAUAUGCAGCCCAGCAUGGCAAGUUUUUGCGGUGCUGUGUGUUUCGUUUUUCGCAUGACAAACUGCGUUUUCGCAUGACAGGAAAGAGGUCCUUUCCCUGCUCAUCGACGUCACAGAUUUAAGACUCAUGCCAGACAAGCUGCAUGACAAACUUGCACUCUUCCAGACAUAUUUGCAUUUGAUAGCCCACGGUGUUUGGCGAUGUCACGGACGACAUGACCAUCGCGAAGGAAGAAAUUUUUGGCCCGGUCAUGCAGCUGCAGAAGUAUUCCAGCAUCGAGGUACUAAGCUUUUGAUGAGAAGUACUUACGCUCUUCUUCACGCUCCUAUCAGUGCAACACCAGUAAAAGCGCACGAGUUGUUAGGCACACGACUUCUUAAACGUUAAGUAGUUACACGCGGCUUUUUAAUAAGCGCUGCACGAGUUCAGCGCACGACUUAAGUACUUAACCAUCGGACGAGUCAACAAGCGCACAACUGAACCGCUGUACGGGUUUUUAGGCGCACGACUUAAGAGCGCUGCUGAGCGACUCAAUCGCACGACUCUAUCGCCGCACGAGUUAGGAGGUUUCGAACCAAGCGAAUGGCUCCACCGCUGCACGACUUAACCGCCGCACGGCUUAAGUUGGCAGGAGCGCUGCACGACUUAAGCGCACGGCUUAAGCGCACGACUUAAGCGCACGACUUAAGCGCACGACCUAAGCGCACGGCUUAAGCGCACGACUCAAGCGCUGCACGAGUUAAGCGUACGGCCUGAGAGUCUGGAUUCAAGUUUCGUGCAAGAACCUUGAAAAACACAUUCAUGGUAUUGCUCUGCAUGAUGUUAAAAUAAUCUUCGCAGGAUAUCCAGUGUAAAAACGUCCCCACAAUCCCAGAGUUGUCAUGCAGGUUCGCAAUUACAGGAGCAUAUGUGAAGAUGCGCAUCCCCUCCAUGGCAGUUGUUUUGGUGUUUGCAAUCCAAUGCUCUAAGCAGGCUAGGGAGACGGCUUUGUGAAGAUUUACGGCUGUCCUUGCUAACCUGCACAGCAACACAGGGAGAAUCUUGGCAGGCCCGCUUCCCAAAACUUCUCGAUUUGUGUUGCAGAGUUUAUUCCAAGUAUGGGGUGGGGACAAUUUUGCGGAGGAUAAAGUACGCCGUGACCCGCGCCAAUCGCACGCACUACGGACUGGCUGCGGGCGUGUGCUGCACGGACAUUGGGAAGGCGAUGGGCAUUGCGCGCCGGUUGGAGGCCGGAAUAUGCAGUGCAAAAGUGUAGUCGUACGUAGUAUAUUACGAAUUAAGUAGCUCAGUAUUUUACAAAUUAAGUAGCUCAGCAUGACGAAUGCAAUUUGUAAGGCUGUUUCACCUUGAGAAGAAGAUUUGUGUUUGUCAUGCGUGUCUGCAUAUUGAGUACGGGUGCGACUAAAGAAGUAUUUUUGCAAUUCAUACGGAACCGUGUGGAUCAACUGCUACGACAACUUUGAUAUCAAGUGCAAAAUUGUCAUUGUCUGGGUCUGGAAGGUGGUAACUUGUGAUGCUGUCUUUGGAUUCCAAAAAAAUCGGUAUUGCGUGACUAGCAGAAGGAGUCCAGUUUGUGCUACACGGGGAGGGCAUUUCUCAUGCGGAAAAAGCAUCAGGAAGACUUCUAAAAAUCUGGGAUGCUAGGGCAUGCAUUACAGGCGUCAUUGGUCAUGCAAAAUAUGCAUAACAAACCUGGCAAUCUUCCAGACCCAGGCAUAUUUGCAAUGCAUAUUUGACGCCGCGGUGCCCUUUGGCGGCUACAAGGAGUCCGGGUUAUCGUACAGAAAAAAAGCAGGCGGGGCAUGCUUGUGAUGCAAAAAGUAACUGACAGAAAAUAAAAAUCUGUCAUGGGCGAGCCGUCAGCAUGCUGUGUUUUUUUAGGAUGCACAAGAACUAAGUAAAGUACAUUCUAUACUUGCAUUUUACAAAUACGCUCUUUCAUCUGCUUCUUUCUGUGGGAUAUGCGUGGGGUCGCGAAAAGUCCGAAUACGCGCUGGAAAACUUUACCGAGGUCAAGUGCAUCAUGUUCCCCAUGGCCAACGUGCAGGCGUAA